GCUUUCUUUGUUAAAUGAACGAAACUAGCAUAACCUUUUUUUAAUAAUUAAAUUAUUAUGUCAGGUAAAGAGUUUUCGACACUUCUUGUUCAUGAUAGUUGUCUGAUUGACUAAAUUUAUUUUUGGUCUAAAAAGCGGAAGGAAUCGAGGAUGGAGACGUCAGAGCCCCCAAUUGUGGCACCUUCUUUUGGAGAAGAACAAGGCAACGAAUUUGAGGGGAUGGAGGAAGAUUUCAAUGAUGAGGAGAACUUUGACGAUUUCUCUAUGGAGGGUGAAUAUGGGUCACAGCCAGAACCCAGUGUGAAUAUUCCUCAACAGAGCGGAAGUAGGGUUGGUAGUUCAGGAAAUGUUUUUCAGGACACUCAUCAAAAUGUGCCAAGGACAAAUAUGCCAUCUUCCUCAUGGGAUCAGUUCAAAUUUGGGUCAGACAAUGCACCAUUUAAGACAGCGCAGAGUGGAAAGGUUUACAAUGAAGUGAGUUCUCACAGGGGUGGUGGGGAACGCGAUUUUCAAGGUGAAUUUGAUGAAUUCAGUGACUAUGGCGCUGAUGAUUAUCAGAAUUAUGAUGACGGUUAUGAUGAUAAUAUGGUAAACAGCGAUUAUGUUAGUCCCGAAAAACAAGAUUUGAAUUCCAUGCUACCACCACAGCAGCCAUUUAAUUUACAUCAUGCUAAAAAACAGGUAAACUUUGGUAAUGGUAAUACAGACAGGGCAUCAAGUAACCCUUCUUUUGUUAACAAUCAGAGAAGUGCUGGUUAUCAACAAGAUUAUAUAGCUGGAUUAAGUAGUGGGAACAUUCAAGGUAUUGAAAGUCAAAAUUUUGCAGAAAUAACUGGUGAACUAGACAGUGUGUUAACUGAGUCUGAACAAGAGUUAGGGAUUAAAGUUAAAGUUGAAAAAGACUCAGGCAGUGAAGAAAAUAGUGAUAACGAUGAUGAUGAUGAUGAAGAUGAGGAUUAUGAUAAUGAGGGUGAUGAAGAAUAUGAAGAAGAUAAAGAGGACAGUCAAGACAGUGAAGGGGAAUACAGUGAAGAAGUCAGUGAUGAUGAGGACAUAAAUGAGGCUCUGAAUUCUCUAGGGGACCUUGAUGCAGUUGAGCUUGGCUUGGAAGAGCCGUCGGCCUCUACAGAGCAAGGUGAAGGGCAUGCAGGUUCAUCAGAACUACCAACGGGGGACGCCUCGCAGGAAGGUGAUGCAGACAAACCAAAGAAGAAGAGAAAGCGAAAGAAAAAAGGCGAGGGAGAGGCAACUGAUGGUGAGGGAAAGCAGAAAAGAAAACGGAAGAAAAAGGGAGAAAAAGCGAAGGACGGAGAAAAGAAGAAAGCAGACAGCAACGCUAGGAAAAACAUCAGGAAAAUUCUCUCAGAGAACAAAUUGGAGCAGGAGACUCUGGAUGCCCAGAAUGCUGAGUUGGAGAGGCAGCGUCGACUGCAGGAGCUGAAGAAACAGCAGCUGGCCACGCUUACCUCCCUUGAGGAGAAACUUGCCUCCCUUGAGGACAAACCAAAGAAGGAGAAGGACAGCCAGCUCAAGUCUCUGCUGCAGUCUGCAGAAGAGGUAGCAGAAAAGGAGACAGUGUCUUCUAUGAUCAAGGUGGAACCAAAAAGUGUAGAGCCGGAGAUUAAACCCAAAAAAGAAGGCGUGAUAGACAUCAGCAGUGGGGAGGAUGACGAAGACGUUGUCAUGUUGAAAAGUGAGGGGGAUGAGGAGGAGGAGGGGGAAGACAUGAGCGACGAUGACCUAGCGGAGGCAGAGGAUGUCAACAACAGCGGCAGUCACAUCAAUGACCAGUACAACGUGCCUGACGAGAACGGCAAGGUGCUUGUUAACGUCGGGCAUCCCACGUCCGACCCAGAUAUAUACCUGUCACCAUUAGUGGGCAAGCAUAUCAAACCUCAUCAGAUUGGCGGAGUAAGAUUCCUAUACGAUAACCUGGUGGAGUGUAUCAACCGCUUCAAGACCAGUUCAGGGUUCGGCUGCAUUCUGGCACACAGCAUGGGCCUCGGCAAGACUAUACAGAUGAUCGGCUUCAUUGACAUCUUCCUGAGGCACACUGGGGCCAAGUCCGUGAUGGUCAUCGUGCCCAUCAACACGCUAGCCAACUGGAUGUCGGAGUUCAACAUGUGGGUUCCUGACAAGGAGACGUGUGAGAAGUAUGGCAUACCCGAGACUGAUUCACCUCCCAGGCCGUACCAUGUCUACAUGUUGAACGACAACUUCAAGAAUACCCCUGCAAGGGCGAAAGUUGUUGAUGCCUGGUACCAGAGUGGCGGUGUGCUGUUGCUAGGUUACGAGAUGUACCGUCUGCUCUCCAGCAAGAAGGUGCACCUGCAGAAGGCUAAGGGGCGCAAGAAGCCCGGGUCAGACGUCAUCGAUGUGGAGGAGGAGGAUAGGGAUAAAAAACUGCUGCUGAACAUUCAUGAGGCGCUGGUGAACCCUGGUCCGGACCUGGUGGUAUGUGACGAGGGGCACAGAAUCAAGAACUCCCACGCUGGAAUCUCCGUGUCACUCAAACAGAUCAAAACAAAGCGAAGGAUAGUGUUGACUGGCUACCCUCUGCAGAACAACUUGAUAGAGUACUGGUGCAUGGUGGACUUCGUGCGUCCCAACUUCCUGGGUACGAAGACAGAGUUCUGUAACAUGUUUGAGCGGCCCAUCAUGAAUGGGCAGUGUGCAGACAGUACCCCGCAGGACGUGAGGUUGAUGAGGUACAGGGCCCAUGUGUUACACAGUCUCCUCGAGGGAUUUGUGCAAAGACGAGGACACACAGUUCUGCAGGCUGCCCUGCCCCCCAAGGAAGAGUAUGUGUUUCUGAUUCGCAUGUCUCCCAUACAGAGGAAACUCUACCAGAAAUUCAUGGAGUCAGUCACUGAUUCAGGAUCCAAUGGCUGGGUCAAUAAUAACCCUCUAAAAGCAUUCUCAGUGUGUUGCAAGAUAUGGAACCAUCCAGACAUCCUGUACACGUGUAUGAAGAAAAGCCUCGAUGACAAUGACCUUGACAUUGAAACUGGGGAACCCAAGAAAAAGGGUGGCACUAAAUCCAAGGCAAAAAAAGAGACCCCUCCGGCAACCCCUAACCCACUCAUGGGAGCUAUGGCCAUGGACACCAGUCCCCUGCCCGAGGUGUCUCUGGCCUCUGGGAUACCCACAGUUGCCAAUUCUCCGGCAAGCAGUGCCCUUUCAAUGGGGUCGUCCUUCAGUCUCAAUAGGAACAAUGAACCAACAAUCACGUAUGACUGGGCAAAUGAAAUCCUGAAGGACUACGUCCCAGGCAUGCUGGAGAAUGGUGGUAAAAUGGUGAUCCUCUUCAAUCUGAUCUCAGAAUCUCUGCAGAUGGGAGACAAAAUACUGGUCUUCAGCCAAAGUUUGUUCACCUUGAACUUGAUAGAAGAGUUCUUGUCCAAGUAUCGUGUGCCCCGCCCUGAACAAGAUGAACUCUGGUGUCGCAAUAAAAACUACUUCAGGUUGGACGGAAGCACCUCAAGUUCAGAAAGAGAAAAAUUGAUCAACGCUUUCAAUGCUGAACCCAACAAGUGGUUGUUCCUGCUGUCAACAAGGGCCGGUUCCCUAGGGAUCAACCUGGUGGGAGCCAAUCGUGUUGUGGUGCUUGAUGCCUCAUGGAACCCCUGCCAUGACUGUCAGGCCAUUUGCAGAGUCUACCGCUUUGGACAGAUAAAGCCAAGCUACAUCUACCGCCUUGUGACUGAAAAUACUAUGGAAAAGAAGAUCUACGAUCGUCAGGUGAACAAGCAGGGCAUGUCGGACCGUGUCGUCGAUGAAUUGAACCCACAGAAUCAAUUCCGUAGAGAACAUGUGGAUAAACUCAUGGUGCAUGAGAAUAAAGAGUUUCCUGAGUUGGAUUUCUCAGAUGUCGCGCAGUUCAGCACAGACUGUGUGCUCUGUAAUGUUCUCCUCAAUGAGGGACACUGGCUCACUGCUAAACCAUUCACACAUGAAUCGCUGCUGAUUGAUCGCAAGGAGCUGAAGUUGACGAUGAAAGAGAAGCGCCUGGCCAAGCAGAGUUACGUGAUGGAGAAGAGGCUCAACGUGUCGUACAGUCGUCCCUCGUACUCUGCGUACUACCCGCGUGGUGGAGCGGGGAUGUAUCCAGGAACAAUCAGGGGUCGGGGUGGCAUGGUUCAGCGCCCUAUCGCCAGUGUGAAGCCCAUGAUCUCCACGCCAGUCCCAAUGAGACCCAAGAUAGUAGCAGCUCCACAAGUCCUCAAGCCGGGCGUCUCGGUUCACCAGGUGCUUACCACCACAGAGAUAGUACUGCCCGGGACUAACACAACCACUGAGGCAGGUACAACAGAGCCCAAGAAAAUCCCUGCCGGUCAGCAAGUGCUGGUCAUUCGCACUCCUAAAGGGGUUUACAUCCGCACUCCAGACGGUAAAAUAUUUGCUGUACGGUCCAAGCCUCAGCCAGACUCCACCUCUCCCCUGGAUACGUUGGCGAACACAGGAUCUAACCUCAGUACAGGUGGCGUCACAAUUGUGCGGCCGACUACCACCACCACUAUCAGUUCACAGGGAAAGACUCCUACGAGUGUCACUGUCAUCAGACCAAACAUUGUGUCAACAUCAAAGCCCUUGACUAUCAUUCGACAAGGGCCCGGCCCAGUCAGGACCAUCAUUCCUGUGACACUCAACAAGGGAGCCCCUACUAUACUAACCAGCAAGGGCUCUGGCUCAACGGCCAGCCAGAUAGCCACAAUCGCAGCCCAGUCACAGAAAAUCAGCACCACAACAAUCAACAGCGGUACCAAGAUCAGAAUUGUCACACCCAAUACCAGCACAACUGGGUCUCCCAAUAUUGGCCCCAUAACCACGCUCCAAACGCUUGCGAACGGUAAUAAGAAAAUAAUAUCAAACAAUCUGGCCUUUUCUGGAGGCACCACAGUGAUUCGUAAAGUUAUACCAAAGCCUGGACUACAGACCAUUAAGAGGUUGGCAAUGCCGGCUUCCAUGGCGCCUGGUGUUAGUGCAAGUGGUCUAUCUGACGUGAAAGAUUCAGGCAAAAAGACUGAAGAAGAGAACAAAGCAGCAGCUGAAGAAACUUCUGAGAAAUCAGAGGAUAUGUCUGAGGAAAAAGACUCUGCCAAACUGGUAACCAAAGAUGUGUCAUGGAAUUUACCUCCAAUUGAUAUGAAAGCCAUAAAAUUGCCACAGUUUAAUGCUGACAAACCUGUGGCUUCUACAGGUUUAACAACUGAAAAGGUAAAGAAGAGUGCUAAGAAGCCUUCCAAAUCCAAAGUGAAAGAAAUAAACAUUGCUCCUAACUCAGGGAGUGCUGGAAAUCCAUUUGAUAUGCCAGCGAGUAAAGUCAGUAAACCAAAAUUUACACUAUCUGGAAGUCCUUCAGAUUCUAACUUGUCAGGAACUCAAUCUCCAUUAAGUUCCAUGAGCGAUCAGUCCAACAGCUCGUCACAACAGUUUCAGAUAGGUUCGAACCAUGGCAGCCUGCCAAUGAGACCAUCAGAAAUCGAUCUUCACGAAAUGAAACUCACAAGCAAUCCCAAUUCAAGCACAAACUUGUCACAAAUGUCAGCAGACAGCUCUGGGUUCAGGAACUGGAACCAGGGUUUAGGAAAUUCUGGUGCUGGAAACCAGUGGGAGAACAGUGCAAAGUCGAUGUCAGGUUAUGCAGGUAAUCAGUUCCAGUCUAGCAACGUCAGGCCGCAGUACAGUACAGGAUUUAGUCAGCCCUCCUUGCAGAAUCCAAUGCAAAACAUCCAGACAUCUGCACAGGGUGGAGGGUUCUUUAAUCCAGGCAUCCCUGAUAACUCUGUCGCUAAUAACAGCAUGUCAGAUGUAAAUAAUCCGGGGAUUUCACAGAGUAAAAGGUCUGCGGGUCAAACUCUGCUUCAGACACAGGCUGGAAUGUACAAUAGCAAUCAGAACAUGUUUGGCAACUUUGGUGCCCCCACCUACUUAGAUAGCCAGCAGAUGAAUGCCAACAAGAACAUGCUGCCGGGAUACGGCAGUCAAAUCAUGGGCUACAAAGCACCUGUGAGCAAUACGAUGCCAUUUGGACAGGCGGCCCAUACAGCGGGUACAAAUCAGAACGUUGCAGACUUUACAAUGAGCGGUAUACAUAACAACUCCAGUUUCCUGUCCGAGCUGACUGAAACUGACGAUAAUUUCCUGUCUCAGCUGGACGAUUCUAGCCAGGGCAGCAAUAGCGACACCCCUUUAACAUCAUCAACCGCUUCAGCGCAGUACGGAAAUACAGGGGGCAUGAAUGUCGGAAUGAACAUGUUGUCCGCUAACAACAUGGGACAGUUCAACCCAUCUGGCCAGGCAAACUUCGACAUGUUUUCUCCACAGCCGCAUAAUCCAGGAUUUUAUCCAAAUUUCGGGAACAAUCAUUUCAAUGCUAACUUUGGCAGCCAACAGCCUAUGGGCAUGUCACAACCUGGUGGAUUUCCGGGGGGAAAUAUGUAUCCUAUGGGUGGAAUGAUGCAGCCCGGCAUGUUUCCGUACACGCCUUUCGCCCCGUAUCCAUACGCCCCUAUGAUGGCUCCCAUGCCCUACUAUCCGAUGCCAUUCCAGCCUCAGUAUGGAGCCCAGGGAACCACUAUGGGGCCUCAAGCCAUGGGGCAGCAGGGCCCACAGAUGGCAGCAGCCUCUGGGAUGGUGAUGCCUUUGGGGGGACAGCAGGGGGACGGGACUUUCCAGCCUGGAAUGGGCAAUUGAAUGAGGUUUAUGAACGGCAACAUGGUAUAUGAGCUUGACCUGGGAAAUUGGGGUUUAAUGCAAGUGUGUAAAGUGUCGUCCCAGAUUAGCCUGUGCAGUUUGCAGCGGUUAAUCAGUGACAGCACUUUCUGCCAAGACUGGAUUUUUGUUUAAAAGGGGCUUCCUUUAAAAGAAAAAUUGCAUAAAAGCAAAAAGUGUCGUCUUAGUCGGUCACUGAUUAGCCUGUUCGCACUUCACGGGCUCAUCUGGGUUGUCACAUAACGCACAUGCAUUAAGCCCAGUUUUCCUAGAACAAGGUCCCAAUAAGGGUUUUGAAAGGCUACAUAAUAUAUGAUGUGUAUCAUUUUGUUAGUAAUAUAAAAUUAGAUCAUUUAUGUGAAAAAUCAAAGAAUUCUAUUUUAAUAGGCGUUUGUUAGAAGCAUUUGAUUUUUGCGUAGUUUUGUUCCAUGUAUGCAACCGCAGCAGCAUGAAAAAUCAUUUUUGGGACAGCAACACUGUUGAUUUUCCAUUGAGAAAUGUGUGCAGGGUCUUGUGUAACUACUGGGACAUGUAGUACCUGACCAUGUGAUAGAGUUGUGAAUUGUGACCUGUUUUUGGUGUAAACAAUGGGUUUCGAGUUGAAAUCACCUCUUAAUCAUGCAAGAGUGUUAUUGAAAUUUCCUUAUGUUAAAAACUGAUAAUUGUGGGAAACAAACAUUGUCCUGUAAAAUAUGAACUGUGACCGUUUCUAAAACUGCAGCAAAAGAGAUCAUGCUAGAAGCAUUAAAGAAAGCAUCAUGAAGAAUCAGGAUGGAGAGAUUGAACAUUUUUUUCUUGAAAUUUGAACUAGGAAUCAAAUUAUUAUGGUAAGUUAUCAAGUUAAACAUGUUUUUCACUUUUUGCAGUACUUAUUAAUUGAAUAAAUUAUCAAUAAUCCAUAUUUUUACAUGGUAUAAUUAUUUGCCUAUGUAUGGUCAGGGCACCUGCUGAUCUGUGAAGAGUCUGUGUAUAGUUAAGUAAUACACUUCUAUGUAUUAAAUCAUGUUGUUGUGUUGAUGUUUUUUUACUUUUUGUAUUAUUAACUGAAGUAGUGGGUGUGUGUUGAUUGCAAAGGAUGAUUAUGAACCCAUGUCAAUCCAUACAUUUGCUGUAACUAUUAUUAAAGUAUUUUAUUGUAAUAAUCAAUUAGUUAUGAUACCCCAAAGAUCUUGUAUAUGUUUUGCUAUUGGCGUGCAAUAUGGUUUUACACUUUAUCUUAUGGUUUUAAUUACUUACUUUACUGUUAGGUUUUGUAUUGAGUAAUUCUAUCUCUAGAAUUUAUUUCAAGCAGAUCAGACAUGUUGUGUAAAACAUGUGUUCAUGUUUUUACUGUUUAGCUUCCUCUGAAUAUGAAAACGAUGAAUGGCGCAAUAUGACUUUUUUCAGAAAAAAAAGUUUUGUUGAAGCAUACAAUAACAGUGGCCUAUGAAAGAUACAGGUUUAUCAAACUUUGUUUAAGAAAACAACAAACGUAUUUAUUGGUCCUGAAUACACUUCAUAAAAUUCAUGUACGCAUCAAGCAAUGAUAAAAUAUUGAAUGGAUUAGAUGACGAGCAACAAGGAUGCUAAUGGGCGUUCUGUUCCAUUAUCAAACUUACUUAUUUAAAUGUUUGUUGUUUGAUGACAGACCAGUGCUUGCAGAUAUGCCAAUUUUGUUGUUUUUUCAAUUGUUUUAAUAUGCAACUCCUCCCUAUUUGUUCAGUAUUUGUUGUUUGCAUAUGUGUUUAUUAGAAUAAAAAUGUUUUCCUCUUUAUCAAAAUUUAAUUACAUAGUCAUGAUCAUCCUUUUUAAGCUCACCUGAGCGAUAGCUCGGGGUGAGCUAUUGUGAUCACUCAGCGUCCGUCGUCCGUCCGUCUGUCUGUCUGUAAACAAUUUGUAAACAUCUUCUUCUACUAAACCAUUGAGCCAAUUUCAACUAAUUUUCAUGUGGAGCAUCCCUAGGUCAUGGGACAAAAGAAUUGUUAAAAAAAAUUUGAUCACAUAACCAAGAUGGCCGCCAUGACCAUAUAUGGUAAAAACCUUAAAAAAUCUUCUUGUCAGAAACCGCUCAUCAGAUUUUCAAAAUAUUUCACAGGGAUGACCUUUGAAGGCUCCUCUGAAAAAGUUGUUCAAAGAAAUUUGAUUCGUCAAAAAACAUGGCCGCAGGAGCUCGUUGAACUUUGCAUGUUUAUUCAUUUUUGCCUAUUUUGUGAAAACUUUCAAAAAUCUUCCACAUUUUCUGUCCGAUCCUUUCCAAAUUUGCACAGUGUCUUUAUAUCAAUGAGGACACAAACCCUACAAAAAAUGAGCAUUAUUGGUCCAUGAAGUACAGAUUUACCUCCCCUUGAAUUGAGAAAAUGGUGUUUAAGCAAUAAAGACCAAAUUUUUCAUCCAAUUCUUUCCAAACUUGUAAGGAUAUAGCAUGGUUCAAACAAGGGAAACAACUACGGUUUAUGCAUGUUCUUUUUAUUACAGAUUUGCCUCCCUUUAAUUCAUUCAAAAUCUCAUUUUACAGCAGAGAUUCCAAAUCUGACCUGUAAAUGAGCCCCAUAUUUACUGCCAGUGCUAGGUUACCUUUUCCCAUUUGAUCAUUCUUAAGUAUUGGUCUUGUAAUGCUGCUACUGCUUCUGCUACUGCUACUACUACUACUACUACUACUACUACUACUACUACUACUACUACUACUACUACUACUACUUCUACUACUAUUCUACUACUACUACUACUACUACUACCACCACCACCACCACCACCACCACCACCACACCACCACCACGUCUACUAUUACUACUUCUACUACUACUGCCACUACUACUACUACUUUUACCACUACUACUACUACUACUACUACUACUACUACUACUACUACCACUACUACUACUACUACUACUACUACUACUACUACUUCUACUACUACUACUACUACUACUACUAUUUCUACUACUACUACUACUACUACUACUACUACUACUACUACUACUAUUUCUACUACUACUACUACAACUACUAUUACUACUACUACUACUACUACUACUACUACUACUACUACUACUACUACACCACCAUCACCGCCACCACCACCACCACCACGUCUACUAUUACUACUUCUACUACUACUGCCACUACUACUACUACUUUUACCACUACUACUACUACUACUACUACUACCACUACUACUACUACUACUUCUACUACUACUACUACUACUACUACUACUACUAUUACUACUACUACUUCUACUACUACUACUACUACUUCUACUACUACUACUACUACUACUUCUACUACUACUACUACUACUACUACUACUACUACUACUACUACAACUACUAUUACUACUACUACUACUACUACUUCUACUACUACUACUACUACUACUACUACUACUACACCACCACCACCACCACCAUUCACAGUGACAAAAAACGUAUUCACACAAUGGCUGCUACUACAACUUAUAGCCCAUAUAUGUUUUACAAACAGCCCUUGUUUCUAUGGGAUUUUAACCACAACUGUUCAUGUUUAUCUCCGACACAUAUUUUUAGGUCACCUGUCAUGAAGUGACACGGUGAGCUUAUGUGAUCGUGUGAUGUCCGGCGUCCGUUGUGCGUGCCUGCGUGUGUCCGUGCGUCCGUCCGUCAACAAUUUGUUUGUGUAGACAGUAGAGGUCACAGUUUGCAUCCAAUCUUGAUGAAAUUUGUUCAAAAUGUUUAUCUUGAUGAAAUCCGGUUUGGGAUUGUAUUUGGGUCAUCUGGGGUCAAAAACAAGGUCACUAGGUCAAAUAAUAGAACAACCUUCUGUUGACAAUAGAGGUCACAGUUUUCAUCCAAUCUUUAUGAAAUUUGGUCAGAAUGUUUAUCUUGAUGAAAUCUGGGUUGGGAUUUUAUUUGGGUCAUCUGGGGUCAAAAACUAGGUCACUAGGUCAAAUAAUAGAAAAACCUUGUGUAGACAUUAGAGAUCACAGUUUUCAUCCAACCUUUAUGAAAUUUGGUCAGAAUUCUUGAUGAAAUCUGGGUGGGAUUGUAUUUGGGUCAUCUGGGGUAAAAAUCUAGGUCAGAUAAAUAGAAAAACCUUGUGUUGACAAUAGAGGUCACAGUUUUCAUCCAAUAUUUAUGAACUGUGGUCAGAAUGUUUAUCUUAAUGAAAUCUGGAUUGGGAUUGUAUUUGGGUCAUCUAGAGUCAGGAACUAGGUCACUAGGUCAAAUCAUAGAAAAACAUUGUGUAGACAAUAGAGGUCAUAGUUUUCAUCUGAUCUUAAUGAGUCAGGUGAGCGAUUCAGGGCCAUCUUGGCCCUCUUGUCAUUACUUAUGAUCAUGUGUAUGUUGAAUUAUUUGUCAACAAGAAAGGUUGAUACAAAUUAAACGACCAAAAGUCAAAAUGUUGAGCCCCUCCUAUUUGAUCUUUUAAAUGAUAUAUCAUCAUGUUCUUACUCAUAUUAUUGUUAACUUUAUCAUUGGUUUCUAUUGCUUUUUGCCUCCACAACAUAAAUUCACUGUCAUUACAUUGCGCAUUCAUUUACAGAAUUUCUCACAGAUAUUAGUUUUUAAAUAAUUUCAGGAAUUCAGUAUUUCAUUUCCAUGUUAGGGAUGUCUUUAACUUAAACAUUUCGCCAUUCAUGAACUAGUCAUUUCACAGUCAGUUUUUGCCAUAUACCUUUACCAUGUAGUACUGAAUACAAUUUUUACAUUAUAAAUUGUUGGAUGUUUGCAUUGUAGAAAUGUGCUGCACUGUCACCACUUCAUUUCCCGUGUAUUGUACGUAUAUUCAGUGUUGUGCAGACAAUGUACAGAAUAAAUAGUACUUCUGCAA